AUGAAAGAUGAUAGCAUUCGGCUUCUGUUAACUGAAAUUGAAGGUGACGGACUCAUAAUGAGAACAAACAGUUCUUCUGGAAAGGCUAGUGAUGGGUACCGUUUGCCGGAUUUUCAUAAUCAGUGUCAGCGUCAAAAACAUGAUUGGUACUGCUUUCGGUGUCACAAACCGGGUGAAAUGCUGCACUGUGGUGAUUGCUUUCGUGCCUAUCACUCGGAGUGUGUAAUUGAGUAUCAGCGCCCGAGUCCUCACACGAGGAGCAUGCGUUCCCCUGGUACAAUUGAUGAUGAGUCAAGUGACUUUACGUGCCCAGUUUGUGAAUCAAGGCCAAAAUGCGAAUUCUCUCGGAAGCAGAUACGGAAGUUGCUGGAAUUUGCCACCCACAAUUUACGCAAGCAGCCCCUCUGGAAACAUUUCUGUCAAAUUGGUUACCCAGGCAGUAUCGAUAAAAACGAGUACAUUGUAUAUAAAUAUGUUGAUUUGGACUUACUUCAGCGAAAAAUAAAGGACGGUCGUUAUACUGCCUUGGAAUUCUUCGCUAUGGAUGUCGAGCUCCUCGUUCAUGACGUUUGUCUCUUGUCUGGAUCGUUUAGCAAUGAUGCAGAUGAAGCCCGUUUUCUACUCCGUUCCGUCAAUAAUGAAAUUUCUGAAAUCCAGCUUUGUACCGACUGCUAUAUUAAUGCAAAAGCACGUGUUGGUGACUGGAUUACCAAACCAUGUAAACCUCCCCAUGAAUUUAUAUGCGCAUGUAAUCGCUCUUCGGCGGGUGCUGGUCUGUUUGAUAAUGCGAGUAUCCAGCACUGCUACUGGCCCGCUAAAGUUCUGCUUGAACGGGAUGAUGGAUAUGAGAUUCGAUUUUUUGGUGGUACUCACGAAAGGGCGUUUGUGAAAAAGAUGCACACUGCCCCAUUUGUGCUUCCCGAAAAGGAUCCAACGUUCCACCGGCAGGCCUUGGCCGGCACCCACAACGUUCCCGCCUCGCUAAUUGAACGAGCCUGGAACGAGGUGCGAAAGCUUCAAGCCAACCUCAAUUCGGGUUACUAUUCUCACUCUUCAGGAGAGUCUGACAUGCCUCCAUCGGAUGAGGAGUAUUCCGACGAGCUUUACCUCCGGCUUCGUCGUCGCUCAGGGGUUUCACGUUCCAACAGUCCCCGAUCUUCAGCCACGGCAAAUUCCGCCAAAGUAAAGUCCAGCAAGAAACGAACACGGCGAACUUCUACCUCAAGUCAUGAAAGCUCCCAACCCUCCUCCCAUUCCUCUACCUCUUCUCCCUCACGACGGUCGAGUAGCCGCUCCAGCAGCAGCACCCCUCGUCGCCCUGUCAAUCAUCGUGGUCAGGGCCGUCGCGAGAGGGUCGGCAAGGCUUCAACCUCUAAGACAUCAGCAACCUGCAAGACAACAUCCUCCUCAAAGCAGCGUAUCACUGCCGAGACAACCUCUCCAGUCGCUGCAGCGGCUCUCUCCGCGUUGGCCGAGACCAAAGCAGCCGUUGCCGCUGCUUUUAACAAGAAACGUGACCUUGGGAGCACAUUCCCCGAUUCCGCUGAGGCCUCAGUGAACCCGCACCGGAGAGGCCGCGGUCGUCCACCUGGCAGCGGGAGUGCAAAAAAGCGAAGGCGGAAAUCUUCCUCGGCCUCUCUCUCCUCCUUGACCCAUUCGCUGUCGGGAGGGGAAAAUUAUCAAACGCUAAACACAUUGGAUGUGAAAAAGACCGGAACGUCAACUACCAGCCUUUCGGCGGAAUCAGAUUCGGAUGGUGGAAAGUUGGCCGGGCCCAAGUGGUCUGCUCGUGGCAAAAAACGCGGAGUCGCAUCUAGCAAGCGAGCAAACGGUCAGGUGACAUCCAAAACCACGCUGAAGAAUUCUCCAAAGGGCACUUUUAUGACGAAUAAUAAUAGCAUCUCCCGACUUCAAUCCUCCUCUAGUGUCACCCCACGACGUCCCCGCGGUCGACCGCCUUCCUCGGUAGCGCGCAGUGGCACCAACCAUAAACCCUUGUCUUCCACGAAGACUAAGUCCUCACGUGCCUCGGACUCUGAUUCGGAGUUGACAGAUCGCUGCUCCACGACUUUUCCCUCUCGUCGGUUGCAGGCGCCACCGCAACCAAGGACCCAGGUAAAGAGCCCCAUAUCAUCCAGUGGCAGCAGUUCUCCCUCUUCCGUCUCGGGUAAUUCCUCAGACGCAUCCGAUGACCGUCGUCAAACCCUCCUCCGGCGUCCACCUUUCGCUCCGCCGAUCUCAAAGUCGUCGGCGGCGUCUACCACUCAGCCCGGUGCUAUGUCUAGUCAGGGUGCCACUUCAGCUGCCUUCACCAGCGGUACUGCUGCAGGCCCGGCGUCCCUCCCGAAUACUGCUUCUUUCCCUCAUCAACCCACUAAGUCGGGAUUCACAGCCCUGGAAAUGGCCGGACGCAGUAGUGGGCUGGGAUCGGUGCCUCGUUCACAUUUACCACCUAAUAAGCGACUCGCGGCGGCCGCUGUAGCUGCCGGUUCAGACAUUAAGGUAGAAUCGUCCCCUCAUUCACCAGUUCUGUCAUCGACACAUCCUUGUGGAAUUUUACCACGCAAAAUGAUCAACAAACAGGUUCAGACAACCGUCGCGGGGUUGGCUGCGCUCCUGGACCAGUCGUGUCCCCGAUGCAAGGAGAGCGAGGAGGCGGUCUCCCGCCUGGCGACUGAGCAUCAGCGUGCCCUGUCGGACCUCGAGUCACGUCUCUCCGCCGAGCACGCCGCGGCCUUGGCGUCGGCCGUGGAGCGCGAACGCGACCUGGCACGAGAGGCCCUCGACGCCGCCGAGGCACGCUUCAACGACGCCCUUGCGGAGUUUUCUAACGAUGCAUUAGAGUCCACGUUGGGGAUCGCUCCAUCUGGGCUGGAAUUCUGCUUCGAUAGACGUGGAUUUCUUAAUGAUGCUUUCGACGAACGUGCCUUUAUCCUCGAUCGACUCAAAAUGGGGAUUUCACUCGAGACUCUUCAUGACAGUCUUUUGCAAUACUUCAACAUCUUGAAAAACAGCCUCGUUGAAUUGAUAAACCAGGACUAUGCAGAUUUUGUCAAUCUCUCCACCAAUCUCGUCGGAUUAAACAAAAUCAUUAAGAGUCUCGAGGAUCCACUAGUUGACAUGAAAGAACGCGUUUCGGGGGUCCUCUCUGAGAUUCAUGAAGCGAAACGAGACUUCGAGUUCAAGCUGGAGGAACGGAAGAAACUACGGAAAAAGAAGGUGAUGAUCCACAGUCUCAUCACGGUGGCCGCGUGCACCAGCCGCCUGGAGCGCUGGCUAUCACCUGCGCCUCAUCCACCCCCAUCCGAGGCGGAUUCGCAUCUUUCCUCCACAGGCGAUAACGUUUUUCAGGAAGAACAGCAAAUCGAUCGUGUGGCGCAAGAAUACACUAAAUUGCUUCACUUUGUGAAGAAGUGCGUCAAUCAUCCCUUCGUGGAGGAUCUAAAACCCCGGAUUCAGUUAAUAACUGCAAGUCUCCAGGACCAGCUAGAAGGUCGUCUUCUUUGUGGUCUCUAUCUCUGUCACGAAGCCCAGUCCACAGGUCAACUUGACUCUGCGUCUUCCAAAAAAGCCUCCUCAGUGUUGAGGCAAGUGCUCUCCACCUACCUGUCAAUCGACAACCUCAGCAGCGCCGUCGCGCUCUACCGGAAACACGUCCUUCGACCGCAACUCACGAAGAUUUUUUCGCCUUGCCCGGAACUCUCGUCUAGUGGUGUCGAUCCCGCUUCUGCUGCCUCCAGCCUUCGAAGAAUGUUCACUGAAGCCAUUGCGCUGCUGGAUAAUGAACUUUCCCUUUUCCAAACUUUUGUCUUCAAACGGCUACACAAGAGUUACGAACCACUAAGUGAAUUUGAUGUUCUUGUGGAUGGUUUCUUUCCGGAAACUGUAGAUGUCCUUUUUGACCAGCUUCCAGAUGUCUUUUCUGCCGGAAAUCCCGAUAGAUUUUAUCAGCUCUACAAAAUUGGCCUCGACUUUCUGGAUCUUUUGGAAGCCCGAGCAGAUUCCGGGAAGCAAGUGACCAAGUUUCGGGAGCACUCAGCCUACUCAUCUUUUCUCUCAAAAUGGAGUCUAAAUGUCUACUUCCAACUUCGUUAUCAAACAUGCAGCGAGAUUCUUUCUGAUUGCUCGAAGAACGUGCUCAAGGAGGCCGAGCCCGAGUCGCCGGGAUAUGCGCUCGCCCUGACCGCAACUGUAAUGCAUCAGAUAAAGUGGUGCUGGUCAGAUGGCAUCUACUUGGACUCCCUCCGUCAUCGGUUCUGGAAACUUACUCUUCAGCUGAUCAAUGUAUACAGCUACCUCAUUGGCGAAGAGUCUUUGCGGCAAAGUAGCUCGUCUUCUGAGCAUGCUAGGGUCGUCAGCAUAGAACCGUUGCUUCUUGUCUUCUUUGACGGAAGCCUCUUCCUGAAAUGGCUUGAAGACGGAAAUUUGACGGAUCUUGUCUUCCCAACCAUGCAACUUCCAAAAACUGACGAAAUGCCAGACUGGUUAGCACAAUGUGUUGAAGAUUCAACAGAGCGUGUUAAAUCUUCGUUGGUCUCAAUUAGGUCGUGCAUUUGCAGCACGUUCCAGGACUCAAUGCAGACACUGACCAGGCAAGUUCAGGAUUUGCCGCGGCAGUAUCGCCGGACGAAUCGCGAUUGGCCCUCGAAACCGUCACUUUUUAUGCCGAAGAUUUUAAAUCAGCUGACUAGUCUUGCACAGACCAUAGAAUGCAACAUCCUGACGAAAUUUCACGUCGAUGCUUCACCUGCACUCCGCGAUCAGGUGUCUUCUUUGUUUGAAGAUUUGAUACUUCAGGGAACAAAAAUGUAUCAUGCUCAAACGUCGGAGUUAAUUGCCUCUGUGAAAAAGGUCGAGGACAGUCUCCGUCGACUGCGUGUUGCCCGUGCUGUUGGGGGUGGACAGAAUGCAGGCACCGCUGGCAAAACAGAUGAUGACAAGAUCCGUCAUCAGGUUCACCUUGACACACAGGAGUAUCUUAAACACUUAAGAUCCCUUCCAUUACUGUCGGAGGAUGGACUCAAAUCAAAUUUUGCCGUACUUUCGACCGAGGAGGACUCCGAAUCACCGUCAAUGGCUGUGUCUUGA